UUCACAUCGGAGCAAACUGAUUUCUUGUAUUUAGGGCGGUGCAUGGCAGUCGCAACAUCAUUAUUUAGAAAAAAAAUCACAUUGAACCGCUUUUUCGAGACUGAUUUCAAAGAUGAUAAGCACAAACUUGGUUUGUCUUUGUUUUGUACAUGGAUUUUUACUAUCUAUGACAGACGGUUACCAGCACUCUAACCUCCCGUACCACGUUUUACUCGUUCCGGAAGGGGAGGGUAGCGACCGUGCGGCCGAUUUAUCUUGGGCCGUCGAUUUUGAGAAAGAGACGGUCGACUUUAGGCUGAGUGUCCCGCUGAUAAACGGAGGGAGUCGACUGCGAAACAACAGAGAAUGGUUCGCUUUCGGUAUGUCACCUGAUGGAUCACUGGUUAAGGCAGAUCUUGUGGUGUUUUGCUUUCCACGUGGCAUUUUGAAAGUAACGGAAGCGUAUACCAACAGCAAAGGUGUGAUGUUUAAAGAUGGCGGGAACGAUGACUAUUUUAUCCUGGGAUCGAGAGUGACAGGAGGUGGGCUCUACGACCAAUCACCCGCGCAUCUUGAGAUCGACUUCAGACGACAGUUUGACACGUGUGAUCGCCAUGACUAUCAAAUUGAUGGUGGGACCGUGGAUUUAAUCUAUCUCCGGGGGAACCACUCCACGAUCUCAUCGGGACUUAUCAAUCCAGAUUAUGCUGAUCUAGCUAGUCGGCGGGUCCAGCUUCUAAAGAGUAAAAGACGAGCACCGCCUGUACCGUCAGAUGUCAAAUCUGCAGAUAUUACCAUGCACAAUACCGAAAUACCUAACCAAGUAACUACGUAUUGGUGCAGAGUGAGAAAGUUCCCGGAUGUUGAAGAUAUUCAUCACAUCAUUAAGUACGAGUCAGUGGUCACCCCUGGCAACGAAGAUGUCGUCCACCACAUGGAGGUAUUCCAUUGUGUCGUUCCAGAAGGGGUCGACGUACCAGACUACAACGGUGAGUGCGAGGAUGAAGAUCAACCGUCUGAGCUGGAGCCAUGUAAGAGAGUCAUUGGCGCAUGGGCAAUGGGUGCAACGGCAUUUUCGUACCCGAAAGAGGCCGGCGUGCCGAUUGGUGGAUCUGGGAAGUCCAGUUACGUCAUGCUCCAAGUUCAUUACAAUAACCUCAGACACAGAGAAGGGGUGUUGGACAGCUCUGGAAUCCGGUUUCACUACACGCCAUUUCUAAGACCUCACGAUGCCGGUAUCUUAGAAGUUGGAGCCACCUACUCACCAAACCUCUCCGUACCUCCUACAUCUAAUAGUUUUUAUCUCACUGGAUACUGUGCCCCAGACUGCACUCACCAGGGAAUUCCCAGAGAAGGUAUCCAUGUGUUUGCGUCCCAGCUUCACACACAUCUUAGCGGCACCGGGGUCUGGACCAAACAUGUCCGAAAUGGAGUAGAGAUACCUGAACUCAAUAGAGAUAACCAUUACGACUCAAUGUUUCAGGAAAUUCGUUUACUCAAAGAAGAUGUCACUGUUUACCCGGGAGAUGCUCUGAUUACAACAUGUAGGUAUGAUACAUCAUCACGAAGAAACACAACACUGGGUGGAUUCGGGAUACAAGACGAGAUGUGUGUUAACUACAUGCACUACUAUCCAAGCAGUGGUCUGGAGGUUUGCAAAAGUACUGUUUCCAAUACAGCACUGGAUGCGUUCUUCACAUUCGUAAAUGGGGGUAAAAACAACAAACGUUCUGAAGACCUCUCUCCGGCAGCAGUGGCCAGGCAAUUUCAAAGUAUCACUUGGACACCGAGUGUCAAAUUGCUAUGGCAAUACGUCAUAGAUCAGGCGCCAAUAGACAUGGAGUGCCUCAGGUCGUCUGGGCAACCAUUCCAUGGUGACUGGAAGGACCGCCUGCCUCCUCUAAUCAAGUUCCCCAUGGCGAAAAGAAGACGACGAUGUACGAGACCUAAACUGUAUCCAUUCCUCAGAUUCAGAUGAACUCAUGUGGAGAAUUAAUACAGCAUUCAGUAUUCAUCCGAAACGGGAAACUUACAGAUCAAGCUUAAAGGGACUGUACCUUUGGUAAUUGCUACAAUGAAUCGCCAUAAUAGGUUCCAUUUAUAUAAGAAGCACCGCAGCUGAUGAUAAUGUAUAACAUUUUGAGAAAAGUUUCUCUUCAAAGGAAUUGUGGUUUUAGAGUAAGGGAUUAAAAACAAAAUAAUAUGAGAAACGCUUCUUGCAGAAACGUUUCUCAGAUUGUGUAUUCAAUUGAACGGAAGUUCCAAAUUUCAAAGUUAUACUUUACAUUUGCACCGUUUGGUUGAUGAGCAUAGGGUUCAGUGAAACACACUGUUUUAAGUUUGCCGCGUUGGUUGUACGUUUCUUUCCCCGAUGGGUUUGUUUUUAUCCGUGUAGCCGGUGUUGACUAGCGCUCCAUGCAUUCUACAUCGAUGGAAGUAUACCCGAUGUAGCUAUUCCAAUCAUGUGCACUAAGUGAAUCUAAUCUACAUUUUGAACUGUUUACUACAUUGUAAUGGUAAAUAGUUCUAUUCCAUUUUUAUUAAAGUUCAAUGCGCAACGGAGCUAAUAGGCGACUAGGUGGCUCUAUAAUGUGCUAUACUAUAGGCAAACUACAUGUUAAAUAACAGCCAAGAUUAAAUGUGUUAAAUGAAUACAUCAGUCAUUUAAUCGGACCGUCUAAUAAUUAGUUUGCAAUAUUGAUUAGUGUAUUAAAUCUGAACAGCUAAAAGCAUACUAUGCUCAGCAUGCAGCAAUGUGACCAUGAGUCGUUUUAGGGUUGUGACACUACUAUUGUGACAAAUCUAAAACUAAAAGUUCCUAAUUUUUAUUAAUUAUUAUGUUGUGAUCAUCUACUAACAGUUGGACUUAUUUUGUAUUGUGGCCUUAGUCGGAUAUAGGAGUCCUGUGUUAUUCAAAAUUAGUUUUACACCAUAGAAAUAAAACACGGGCGAGCUGUUGUGCACGCCCUCUACGGGCUCGAGUAUCAUGUAACAGAUAUUGGAAUCAACUAAUGGUAGGGGAGCUGUGUUUGCCAUGAAGCUAAAACUAACGGUAGAUGCACACUGAUACACUGAACUAGCAUCAUUUGGGGAAAUAAAUGAGGUAUGCUUCCAAAACAAAGUCAAAACCAAUUCGUGUACAUUAUUGUAGUUCAAACACAGUCAUCUUAAGAUUUAAUUGGCAUGUAGAUAAAAUGAGGAGCAACAAUGACUAAAAUGAUUAAAAUAAAUGAAGUUACAA